GGUUCGAAGGCAGUCACCAAGGAAAACAGCCUCCACCCGGCCGGCCUGCCAGGACACUCCCCUUCCGCUUGUUAUAAGGACUCUGGCAGGCUCCAGGCGCUUCCUUCCCAGCCUACACCCAGCCUGAAGUGGACCUGCAGCAUAGUGGGCUUCACCAUGGAGCAGCUGAGCACAGCCAACACCCUCUUCGCCUUGCAGCUGUUCCAGACGCUGAGUGAAAACAACACCACGGGAAAUAUCUUCAUCUCUCCCUUCAGCAUUUCAUCGGCCAUGGCCAUGGUCUUUCUGGGGACCAGAGGUGUUACUGCUGCCCAGCUCUCCAAGACUUUUCAUUUCGAUGCUGUUGAGGACAUUCAUUCAAGAUUUCAAAACCUGAAUGCUGAAGUCAGCAAACGCGGAGUCUCCUAUAUUCUGAAACUUGCUAACAGAUUAUAUGGCGAGAAAACCUACCACUUCCUUCCUGAGUUCUUGGCUUCAACUCAAAAAAUGUAUGGUGCUGACUUGGCCAGUGUGGAUUUUCAGCAUGCCUCUGAGGAUGCAAGGAAGACCAUAAACCAGUGGGUCAAAGGCCAGACAGAAGGGAAAAUUCCAGAACUGUUACCUUCAGGUGUGGUUGAUAACAUGACCAAACUUGUGUUGGUGAAUGCCAUUUACUUCAAAGGAAAGUGGGAGGAGAAAUUCAUGAAGGAGGACACAACUAAUGCACCGUUUCGACUGAAUAAGAAAGACACAAAGACAGUGAAGAUGAUGUUUCAAAAGAAAAAGUUUCCAUACGGUUACAUCCCAGAGCUCAAGUGCCAGGUACUGGAGAUGCCUUACCAAGGCAAGGAGCUCAGCAUGGUCAUCCUGCUGCCUGAUGACAUUGAGGACGCGUCCACCGGUCUUAAGAAGAUUGAGGAGCAGUUAACUUUGGAAAAACUGCGUGAAUGGACCAAACCCGAGAGCUUGGAAACCAUUGACGUCAAUGUCACACUGCCUAGGUUCAAGCUGGAAGAGAGCUACAUCCUGAACCCCAACCUUGCCCGCCUAGGAGUUCAGGAUCUCUUUGACAGUAGCAAGGCUGAUCUGUCUGGCAUGUCAGGAACCAGAGAUCUUUUCAUAUCAAAAAUUGUUCACAAGUCCUUUGUGGAAGUGAAUGAGGAAGGCACAGAGGCAGCGGCGGCCACCGCAGGCAUCGCUACUUUCUGCAUGCUGUUGCCUGAGAAAAACUUCACUGCAGACCAUCCGUUCCUUUUCUUCAUUCGGCACAAUCCCACAGCUAAUGUGCUGUUCCUUGGCAGAGUCUGUUCCCCAUAGCAGAAAGAGACUUUGGGGGCACAAGGAGGCGUGUAGAGCUUUAUCCCUGAGGUUUUAAUGGUGGUAACUCCACUUAUCAUUGCCAAUAAAACCACUAUCCAGAAACUGA